AUGAAGCCCAGUGAAGAAUACCCUUUGCAGUCUACAGCGGAAGAAGCUCAUACAACAGUAGCAUCAUCUAGCCAUAGCCUCAACACCACACCACAGAGCCACCAUGAAGACAAGAAAGCAAAGGGCUGCCAUGGCACAAACCAAGACGAACAAGAAGCAGCCGUCCAGGAAUUAGACAGUAGCAUUACUGCAAGGGAAGAAGCAGUGGUGGAAGAAACUGCAACAACAACCACAUUGCAGCAACAAGAGGAAGAUGGUUGGUGUGGGAGGGAGAAGCUGAAGAGGCACAGGGUACAAGUGGCGGGGCGAGUUUGGAUCCCUGACACUUGGGGCCAGGAAGAGCUGCUCAAGGAUUGGAUCGACUGUUCUGCCUUCGACGCUGCUAUCGUGUCGAAUGGCAUCAUGUCUGCUCGUGAUGCCCUCGCAGCUCAGCAGGGCUUGAGGACACCAAGCCCCCAAGGAUUAAGCAUUGGAAACAGGUGUUGA